AUGUAUAGUAAUAACAAUAUAUUUGAAAUAUAUAAUGAAGAUGCAAAAAAGUCAUGUAGUAAUUAUGAGUGGAAAAGUUUAAUAAAAGAAGGUUCAGGUAAAUGCACAGGUUCAAGUGAUGAAGAAGAAUUAUUUGAUAAUUUUAAUAAUAAAACUCGUAUGUCUUAUAAUAAGAAAGAAAGGUAUGUAGAAAUUAUAAAGAAAAUAUGUUCAGCUAACGAUUUAAAACAUUUUAAUUACUAUAUUAAUAAUUAUGAAAAAAUAAAGAAUAUUAAAGGUAUAAAAGUUCGAGGAGAAAAUAGAGUAUGGGUCUUAAUUCUAUGCUUGAAUUUUAUAUAUUGUAAUUUGAAUGAUGACAUUAUGACUAUCCAAGAAUUGAAAUACCAGAUAAAAAGAAACAUCAAUAAGAAAAAAGUAUAUUGCAAACAUCUUGCUAAAAUUAUAUAUCUUAUUUGUAAUAAAUUAGAAAUAAAAAAUUUCAUAACUAAUGAUUUAUUACCUUUUAUGCAAAAAUGCAUUAAGAAUAUUAUUAUGAAAAUGAAGAAUUUACAGAAUAAUAUAGAUAAUAAAGAAAGAAUUAAAGUAAAAAAAAGAGUAAAUAUCUUUGAUGAUAUUUUUAAUUUUAUUAAUAAUGAAUCAAAUGAUGAUAAUAUGGACAUAUUAAAUCUAAAAAGAAAAAAUAUUGACAGUAAUAAAUAUAAUAAUGAUAAUAAUUAUAAUAAUAAUGAUGAUAAUAAUAAUUAUAAAACUAAUAAGUUUUCAAAUACAAACAAGACAAAUAACAAAGAAAAACAUAAAUCUCUUCUUGUCAAUGAAAUAUAUGUUGAAAGAAGAAGAAAAAAAAAUAAAACAAAUGAAAAUGAUUAUGAUAAUAAAGGUAGAACUAAUUAUAAUGACGAUAAUACAAAUAUACACAUGGAUAGUUUAGAAAAUUAUACAAAUGGAAAUAUCUAUAAUAAAGAAAUUUUAGAAGACAUAAAUUUUUUUGAAGAUUCAAAUGAUGAUGACUAUUCAUCUAUAUUUGAAGAUGAAGAUAAUAAAUUGAAAAAUGAAACAAGUUUUAAUGAUAUUAUUCCUAAUAAUAUUUUUGAUAAUACAAUUAAAAGUAGAUCUACCUAUAAUAGUAAUAUUGAUAUGAAUGAAUAUAUGAAUGAUAAUGUUUAUAAUAUGAUAAAUGAUAAUAUUAAUAAGGAAUCAAAGAGUGUUAAUAAUAAAUCCUAUAGUUAUAUUAAUAAUAAUAUUAAUGAAAAUAUUCCUUCUAAAGAUAAUAAUAAUAAUAAUAAUAAUAAUAUGUGUAAUGAAUUCGUUUCAUCAAAACGUUCUGUAAAUAAUAUUAAUAGAAAAAAAAAAAGAGAAUCAAAUAAAGAAAUGGAACAAAAUCUUUUAAUUCAACAUUUAGAAAAGAAUGUUAAUUUGUUAUCUUUAUAUUCAUGUGUGAUAUAUUCUCUUUUUUUUUUAUGGAAUAAAAAUGACAAUAUGGAUACAAAUUUAUCUGAUAAAUCAAGUAGAUGUAGUGGGAAAAAUUUACAAUAUUUCGUUUGUUCGUCUAUUAUUAUAACUUUUAAUGUUUUUAAUAUAAAUAUAAAAGAUCAUUUAAUUUGUAUUUCAUUAGAUGUUGUGCAAAAAAUAAUGAUAUCUAAGAAAAAAGAAAUGUUAAUCUUUUUUCACAAUACUAUUAAUGAAUUUUUAGGUUUUCCUAUGGAUCCUAAUUAUAAAGAUGUAUUUCUUUAUUUACGUGUUAUUUGCAGUAAUUAUAUAUUAUUACAAAUGUAUCUAUUUUAUAUUAUUUUAAAUAAUAACAUUAUGAAUAAUAAAAAUAACUUCCCUUUCUUAUUCAAACGUAUUCAAUUAUAUAUAUCAAAAUUCUUUUUAUAUAUACAAAACGAUUUUCUUAGUAUAUCAGACGUUUUAGUAGAUCAUGAUUUUAUGUUUCAAUCUGAAGAUAAUUAUAAAAAUAUUUUACAACUUUUUUCUGAGAAUUAUGAUAACAUUAAUUUAAAGAAGUUCAUAAAAAAUAUGGUAAAAAAUUACUUGUCACAAGAGGGAAAAAUUAUAUAUGAUCAAUAUUCUUUUGAUGACUCAUAUGAUAUUGAUUUGAAUAAUAUUAACGAGUAUUUAUCAAAAAUGUUAACAUACAAUCUUAUACAUAUGGAACAAAAUAAAACUAUAGUCAAUAUUAAUUCAAUAUUUAAUGCUGAUAAUUCUGAAACGUUUUAUUUACAAAAUAAGAGUAUUAUGAAUUAUCACCAGCAUUGUAGUGAGGUUGUUUAUAAUGAGGAGAUUUGUAUAGAAGAUUAUGUGAACCAAGAAAAUGAAAAAACUAACAUAGUAAGUAAUAAUAAUGAUAAUAAUAAUGAUAAUAAUAACAAUAAUAAUGAGCAUAAUAUUUCUCCCAUUAAUAACAAUUACAUUAAUAGUGAUAAUAUAAAAAAUAAUGCUUUAAAUUAUUCUCAUAAGAAUACACAAAAUAAUAUUAAAAAAGCUAUAAAUUCAGACGUUAAUCAUAAUUUAAAGGAUUCAUUGGAUUCUUGUGAAUUACAAAGCUUUUUAAUAAGUAAUAUAAAUUUAAAAUGUGAUGAUUUUUUAAAAUAUAUAAAUAAACAAAAUAAUAGAAAUAUCAAAAAUGACCAAUUGCCUUCCGAUUUUUUUUCGUAUCUACCCAUUUUGAAAAAAAUAAAUAUGUCCACUAUAAAUGAUACAAAUAUGGAAAUUAUAUGCUAUAAUAAUAUAAAAAUUGUAGUACAAUUCUUUUUUUUUAAUGUUAUAAAAAAUAUUUUAUAUAAUUGUUAUUCUUCAAAUUUUUUUAGUCCUAACAAGUUACAUAGUUCUCUUUGUAUUCGAAAAAAUUCCCAACAUGAUAUUGGAGUAUAUAAAGAACAAAUGGAAGAAGAAAAUAUUAAGGAAUAUUUUAAAAGUAAAAUAGCCAAAAAAAUUAUCAACAAAAAUGAUAUAAUAAAUGAAAAAUAUAUUUCACACAAAACGUUUUUUUUUACAUGUGAUCAAAUAUAUUAUAUACAAAAUUUCACAAAGAAUAAAUUAUCUAAGAAAAAUGUGUAUACGAUGUUAAAAGAAAAUAAUAUUAUAAUACAAAAUGUUGAAGACUUAUUAGAAAAUAAUUUAAAAAAUGAUAAAAUAAUGAAACCAACAAAUUUUUUAGGAAUAUCAAAUACACCCCUUGAAGAUCUUGAAAAUUCAACUGUUACGUGUUCUAGGGAUAAAAACAAUAAUUUUGUAUCAAAUUAUAAUGAAGAUGAAAAAUUAUGCAAUAUGUCCAUUCCAGAAUAUAACAAACAAUACAGUAAUAAUAAAAAAAUAAAAAUAAUGUUAUAUCAUUAUGAUAUAUUAAAAUAUAAUUCUAACCAUGAGUAUAAUAAUUGUUCUUAUUUUAAGAAUACAUUUGUGCAUUUUUUCGAUUAUAUCUAUAAUAUAAAAAUGAUGAAAGAAUAUAAUGAUUUAAAGGCAAAAAUUUGCAUAAACAAAGAAUUUAAUAUAUUAUUCAAUAUUCUUAAUAAAAUGAAUUACUCAUUUGCCUAUAGAGAUAAAAAAUUAAUAAAAAUGAAUGAUUGUCUUUAUCAUACAUAUCACAUUAUAGGUAUAAAAAAAAUAUCAAGUAUAGGAUAUAUUUUUAACUUUAAAAAUGAAUUAAAUGAUAAUUUUUCCAAAGUUUUAAAAACAAAAAUUUCAAACAUUUUAUCCAUAGAAGAUAUAUAUUUUUUAUUUAAUAGAUUCUUCUAUUUUUUACUUAUGUACAUAAGAAAAUUCUGCUGUUUUUCAAAUAAAAAAGAUACUAACAUUCCUCAAAAUGAAGCAGAAACAUUUGUAAAUAGUGUAUGUAACUGCAAACAAGAUAACUGUUGUUAUAAAAUAAAAACAAUUGUCCUAAUAAAUAAUAUUCAAUAA